AUGACGACGCCCCUCAGACCAUUCUACCAGCUCAAGUGCGGCUGCAACUCGUACCCAUGGGGCAAGCAGGGCAAGUCCUCGCUGUCGGGCCACCUCUGCGCCCAGACACCCGGCUACGCGCCCGACGACAAUGCGCCCAAGACGCCCUUCCAGGCCAAGGAGGACGAGGCGUACGCGGAGAUGUGGAUGGGCACCUAUCCGACCCUGCCGUCGUACGUGGCCGACACGGACGAGAAGCUGCAGGCGGUGCUGGACCGCCACCCCAACGAGCUGCUCGGCAAGGCGGUCGUGGACAAGUUUGGCCACACCCAGCUGCCCUUUCUGCCCAAGAUCCUCAGCAUCUCCAAGGCGCUGCCGCUGCAGAUCCACCCGAACAAGGAGUUCUCGACCAAGAUGCACAACGAGAACCCGGACGCCUUUGGCGACCCGAACCACAAGCCCGAGAUCGCCCUGGCGCUGACCGAGUUUGAGGCGUUUGUCGGUUUCAAGCCCCUGGACGCCGUGGCGUCCCUGCUCGAUCUUCCGGAGCUGGCGCACCUGCGCACCUCGGGCAACGCGUCCCGCUCCGCCUUCACCAACGAGGACCUCCGCGCCGUCGUGCGCGACAUCCUCAACGCCUCCCCCGAGACGUGCCGCGACACGUACAAGGUCAUCACCAGCAUGCCGUCGGGCGCCUGUGCGGGUCCCCACAACGGGCACGUCCAGAAGCUCGCGCCGCGCCUGGCGGACCAGUACUCGUCCGCCGACCCCGGUCUGCUCGUCGCCCUGCUGACCAUGAACUACCUCGUCCUCCAGCCCGGCGAGGCCGUCUACAUCCCCGCCGACGGCAUCCACGCGUACCUGUCGGGGGACAUUGUCGAGUGCAUGGCGCGCAGCGACAAUGUGCUCAACACGGGCUUCUGCCCGCGCGCGGAGCGGGACAAUAUCGAGCAGUUCUGCUCCUUGCUCACAUUCACCCCGCAUGACAAGAUGCAGUGCAUGCUGCCGGCCACAAGGUACUGGCGCAGCGAGAAGGGACGGACGCGGGCGUACGCGCCCCCGCUGAGCGAGUUCAACGUGCUGGCCACGACGCUGGGCAAGGACGAGGACGAGGUGCUGGGCAAGGGCGGCGCCGGCAUCGUCAUCGCGACGAGGGGCAGUGGGCGGGUGCACGUGGAUGACCGGGAUGGCUUUGAUCUCAAGGAGGGUCACGUCUACUUUGUGGGCCAGGGCGUGAAGCUGAGCAUCAAGGCGGGCGGUGAUGGGCUCACGAUGCACACGGCGUAUGUAGAGUAG